AGGGUAUUGAUGUAAAACUGAAGAGUGGAGAAAAAGCGAUAGAGAGAUUUAUUUUCUUUUUUGUUUGGGAGAAGAGUGAAGGAGAUAGGAUUCAGAGGUGGAUGAAGUAUUCGUUGUCUCUCUCUUCCUCCAGCGAACGUUCGGUAGUUUAGGUUGGUAAUGAUGAUAAGUGGAUGCAACGCGUUAACUUCACAUGUUCUAACAAGCUCUUGGGGGUUCAAGCCAUCUUCGUACAGAGCUACAGCUUCAGGACAGACUCAACGUUGUCUUGCUGGGAGUUCAUUUUCUGUCAUAAAGAACUCUUUGGGGUCACCUUUACCAUUUAAUGGGCUUCAAGCUAGUGUACAAAGAGGUGUGCCUUUGUCAUACCUCUCAGCCUCGUCUUCUUGCCUUCUGAAUGGGGAACAAGGUAGUCUGUCUAGCACACUACCUGUGUUACCCAUCCGCAGGAAAACCCUUUUGUCCCCAAGAGCAUCAAAAGAUGUACCCUCCAGCUUCCGGUUUCCUCCAAUGACCAAAAAGCCACAAUGGUGGUGGAGAACCUUGGCAUGCCUACCUUACCUGAUGCCGCUUCACGAGACCUGGAUGUACGCGGAAACCGCUUACCAUCUCCACCCUUUCCUAGAAGAUUUCGAGUUCUUAACCUACCCGUUUCUAGGCGCCUUAGGGAGGUUACCGGGCUGGUUCCUGAUGGCUUACUUCUUUGUAGCGUACCUUGGGAUAGUGAGGAGAAAAGAAUGGCCUCACUUCUUUAGGUUCCAUGUGGUGAUGGGUAUGCUGCUCGAAAUCGCUCUUCAGGUUAUAGGAACUGUUAGCAAGUGGAUGCCUCUUGGUCUCUAUUGGGGUAAGUUUGGGAUGCAUUUCUGGACCGCUGUUGCGUUUGCUUAUCUGUUUACAGUGCUUGAAAGCAUAAGGUGUGCGCUUGCCGGUAUGUACGCGGACAUCCCAUUUGUUUGCGAUGCUGCGUAUAUCCAGAUCCCAUACGACUAAUAGGAAGAUGUUGUUGCGUUUUAGAUGGCUGUUACUUUUCGUUUUAAUAAUCUGUUUGUUAGACCUUUGUAUCUGUAACAACUGUGUCUUUUUAAAUGACAGUUAUGUUUCAAACA